CACGUGACAUAAAGAUUUAACUGUUCACGGCUGCACUCUCUCUUUGUCUGCCAACCACACUAAGCAUUACUCUGUUGGUCAGAAAAUGGAGCACACAGAUCCCUGUAGACAUUUCAUCAAAGACGUUAAGCGCAUCAUCAUUAAGGUUGGAACUGCUGUGGUCACUCGCCAAGAUGGAAGGUUAGCGGUUGGAAAAUUAGGGGCACUCUGUGAGCAGAUUAAGGAGCUGAACUCUCUGGGUUAUGAGAUUAUUUUGGUGUCAUCAGGUGCUGUUGGCCUUGGUCGCCAAAGACUUAGAUACAGAAAAUUAAUUAACAGCAGUUUUGCUGACCUUCAGAAGCCACAAGUUGAACUUGAUGGCAAGGCUUGUGCUGCUGUUGGACAAAACAGCCUUAUGGCUCUUUAUGAUACAUUGUUUAGUCAGGUGGUGCGUCAGGCUAGGUUGCUUGCGGCCGGGGUGGACCUUUCUGCCAUGCACAUAGAAAAGGAUGUGCGGGGUGGGCAGUUGGUGAAUGAAGAUGACUUGUCCGAGAGCACAAGUGACCACGCUGCCUCUUAG